AUGGUCAACUCUGAGGUUUCCUUGAAACCUCUCUUGGCGACUAACGUGCCGAUGAUAUUUACGCUGUUGGUGCCCGUCAACUUCACGGAGACAGGACAUCGUUUCGUCUAUCUACGAGAUAUUUUGGAAGAGGUUGCUGAGCUAACUGGCCUGGCUCUCCAAGGUAUGCAAGACAAGAUUAGAUCAGUUCCCAAGCAGUGUUGACAGGCCACUCAGCCAGUUGCUAACCGUUUAAUUCGGCGACUUAUCUGUGCCUUUGUACAGAGGACUCCUGCUUCGACUACUGGGUGGUCGACGACGCGGCUACGUCAUCUACUCGCUCGACUCCAUGUCUUGCCUCCUGCCGGUACGACCAACUCGCAGCAUUUACUGCUGCGACCGACUCUUCGGACAAGGUUCUCGGAUUGACCGGCUUCGUACUCGACAUCGACUCGUUGCCAGCAGAAGCAACCAUUACCUUGAGAGUGCGUAUAGCUUCAUGAGUUGACGGAUUCUACGUCGUUGAGCUUUAGUCGCUGAGCUGACUCUUGAUUGCAAAUGUCACAGGUCUACGAGCACAUCAAGGCUCGACUCCCAUUCGUAAAUAUCACUGCAAGACCUACGGAUGAUUUCCACUGUGGUUGGGAUGUCGAAAGAGCGCGGAAGCCAUUUUACAACUCCAUUUAAGCGGGGGAGUUAUAGUAGCCCAGUAGUCAGUCAAUCACUUAGCGAACCCCGCCCUCCCAAGACGAUUAAAACUAGACGCUGAUCAUCACUUUUUUCGGCAGACCUGGCUCGAGACACUUCACUCGUUCACCGUCGAUCAUCCGGUUCUGCCAAGCGCUGUCACGUUGAAUGAUUCCGACCGAACUCUCGUCGAAUUACAUCUUCAACGAGCCGGGUAUUGCACUGCCUGCAACUGCAUUCAGAUUGAGGUGUCCCCAAGACGACAGUUUGUGGUUGACUGGCCCCUUCUCAUCUCAAGUCUCCACCUGCCUUCGCAUUCGCUGGAAACGUUGUCGGACGUCCUCGCUUCAAUCGUUGGGCAACCGUUGAAAUUGUACAGAAAGGCCAAGAACUCCGGCCGUCGGCAUCACAAGCGCAAUUGCCCCGGAGGCUCUUACGUGCAAUUCGUUUCAAUCACCUCGCUCCCCCGUGUGAUUGUGAUCAACAUCAACAAUAUGUACCCGGAACAUUCACUGGCCCCAGCUGAGCUACGCUUCGGUGUUUCGGACCAAAUGCCAGAGAUGGUCUGGCGCCUUCGGUCAGGAGUGUACAACAUCAACAAUUCACAUUUCGUUACGAACGCGACGGUUGGAUACGGGCAAGAGGCCACACGCUAUCAUUUCGACGCAAUCAAAGGCUCUCUCGCUAGGCCGAUAGGGGACAGGAACGCUGGCGGAUUAGUUUCCGUGCUUUUCUACGAGCUAGAAGAGGAGUCAUUUGACUUCUUGCAAGCCUUCAACCUAAUUCUAACACGGCAGUGGCACGAAAUGUGGAGUCUAUACCAUGAGCCCUCCGAUCCUACUGAUAUCGGCAUCAAAGUGCAAAGGGACUCUUGA